AAAUAGAUUAACAUUUAGUAAAUAUAUAGAAGAUUUAUUUUUUUUGGAGCUAUGGCGAAUGCACAAAAUUCGCCACAUAUAACAUUAAAGAUGCAGUCGGCUGAGCGGGAUGUGGUGGUGUUUCGCAUACGCAGACAGAUGCCCAUGGGCAAGCUGAAGGAUGCGUAUUGCUCGCACAUGGGCAUGUCCAAGGAGCUAACCUACUUGAGCUUCGACGGGCAGCGCAUCAAUGAUAAUGAAACGGCCAUAACGCUGGAGUUGCUCGAGGAUGACAUGUUGGAGGUGCUGAUGAAGCGACAGAACGAUGCGGGUGACUCCAUAGAAUAGAGCGAGCAUUGUUGAAAUUAUUAUAAAGAAUAUAGUCGUACAUUUUGCACUUGGCUGCAAGUCAAUG